AUGGCGAUUUGGUCUUCGCUAUCAGAGCUUAUCUCUAGAAACAGAACCCGCCUGGCAUGGGUAUGUGGAACUGCUGCUUCGGGAUAUAUGCUCAUCAAGUUUGCUCAGACCAAAUGGGAUGAGUCUCAAGCAAGACGUGAGGUUGAGCAAGUGUCAAAGGCCAAUAUCAAACGGCAUUUUGAACAGAAUCUCAACGACUGCUCAUUUGUAGUAUCAUCAUUACUACCAACCCUUAGUGAGCAUCUAUUUGUUUCUCUUGAUGUGGAAUUUGUUACUGCGAAACUUCAGCAAUCUCGAUCUCAAUCCAAACAGGUUUCCUUUGAUCAAAAUCAAACAUCAGAGCAGAAUCAAAGCAUUGAUCCAGAGCAACAAAAUAAUCCAUCUCAACCCAAAUCGGAUCCAUUGGCCAGUUUGCCUUUAAAAACUACCAAACUUGAGAUGUGGGAAGACAUCAAGAUCAUGAGUUUUACUCGCACAAUAUCAUCUAUUUAUUUGCUUAAUCUCUUGACGAUCUUUACAACAAUCCAGCUUAGUAUUCUUGGACGGUUUUUCUACCUAGACAGCGUCGCCACUCUUUCCCAGCAAAGAGAGUGUGAUUAUGAAGAUUUAAACGAAAGUCUAAAUCCGCCACAUUUACUGGCUGCCGAACCUAGACACAUAUCUGAAGAGGUGGAAAGACAAUAUCUGACUUUUAGCUGGUAUCUUUUGAAUAUUGGCUGGGAGAAGUGCGUUUCUCGGGUCCGAGGUAUUGUCGAGACUGUCGUAGGAAGUAUUCCUCUUAAAGGUCCCAUAAACUACACAAGGCUUGUUCAUAUUAUAAACCAGAUUCGAACAGAGUUUGAGCAUGACGAUCUUCAAAAGGAUCUGCUUCAUAGAAUGGAUAUGUAUUUGCUGCCCCCAGAAGGCAAGGAGGAUAUGGUUCUCAAGGAUGGCGGAAUCACUGUUGAGGAUGGUGGAAUCAAACAAAAAUAUGUGGCCGAAUCGACUUUAAAGCAUCUUUUGGACGAGACUCGCGACUUUUUGGAAAGUUCCGAUUUUCAGUUUGUCUUGCAGUCUUGUUUAAACGAAUCAUUUGAGCUUUUACUGUCACAAUUUAAGCCGCAGUUUAGCUUUUUAAAAGACGAGCCUUUUGAAUCACAUCCUAAUCGUAAAGAACUGAAUCCCGUUACAGCAUCCACUCUUUCAGCUGUAACUGAUGAUGGUGGCGAAACAGAGGGUGUUAUAAAAACAGAGCUAGCAAAGCCUGAUGUGUUUACAAAGACAAUACCAUUGGCGGGAGUUUUGCCGACUAUCUCUCGUACUAUUCAUCAUAUUGUCAAUGGAGUUCCCAAUCUAUUUCUUGAUGUGAUAUCUUCAAAUCCGCAUUUAAAAUCAUUAUCGGUUGUUGUUUAUACCGACUGGAAAGAUGACCAUGCAAUUUGA